UGUCCUAACCAGGAGGUUUUGGGCUCAGAAAAAUGGAAGAGGAACCAGAAAGAACCAAACGGUGGGAAGGUGGCUAUGAAAGAACAUGGGAAAUACUUAAAGAAGACGAGUCUGGAUCACUGAAGGCCACUAUAGAGGAUAUUCUUUUUAAGGCCAAGAGGAAACGAGUCUUUGAACAUCAUGGACAAGUUCGACUUGGGAUGAUGCGUCACCUGUACGUAGUGGUCGAUGGAUCGAGAACGAUGGAAGACCAAGAUUUAAAACCGAACAGGCUAACUUGCACCUUAAAGCUCUUGGAAUAUUUUGUUGAAGAAUACUUUGACCAAAAUCCUAUUAGUCAGGUUGGCAUUAUUGUAACAAAGGGUAAAAGAGCUGAAAAACUGACCGAGCUUUCAGGGAAUCCAAGAAAACACACAGCUGCUCUGAAGAAAGCUGUAGACAUGUCCUGUCAUGGAGAGCCAUCACUAUAUAAUGCCCUAAAUCUGGCUGCACAGACAUUAAAGCAUAUGCCAGGACAUACAAGUAGAGAGGUUUUGGUAAUAUUCAGCAGUCUAACAACAUGUGAUCCUUCUAAUAUAUACGAUCUAAUUAAGUGUUUAAAGGCAGUCAAAAUCAGAGUGUCCGUCAUAGGCCUCUCUGCUGAAGUUCGAGUUUGCACUGUACUUGCGCGGGAAACUGGUGGAACCUAUCACGUAAUUUUAGAUGAAAGUCAUUACAGGGAACUCCUGAUGCAGCACGUCAGUCCACCACCAGCCUGUUCCAGUUCUGAAAGCUCCCUUAUUCGAAUGGGGUUUCCUCAGCACACUAUCGCGUCUCUUAGUGAUCUUGAUGCAAAACCAUCAUUUAGCAUGGCGCACCUGGAAAACAGCAAUGAACCGGGUCUUACACUGGGAGGUUAUUUCUGUCCGCAGUGUAGAGCCAAAUACUGUGAACUUCCUGUGGAAUGCAAAGUUUGUGCGCUUACACUAGUAUCUGCGCCUCAUCUGGCUCGAUCUUAUCAUCACCUAUUUCCUUUGGAUGCCUUUCAGGAAGUCCCAGUGGAACAGUAUAAAGGAGAACGUUAUUGUCAAGGUUGCCAAGGAGAAAUCAAAGAUCAACAUGUCUACAUUUGUAAAGUCUGCCAGUGUGUGUUUUGUGUGGAAUGUGAUCUUUUUGCUCACGAUACUCUGCACUGCUGUCCCGGCUGCAUUCACAAGCAUCCUGUUCCUCCCUGAUGACGAUACCACCCUUUGCUAGACUGUACUUGUUACAUUCCUGCGCAGAGUCCACUGUGUCUAUUCAGAAAACGUCUUCAGCAAUAUGUUAAAGAUGAGUAAGAGCAACUAGAUU